AGAAGAAGAAUUAAGCUGCCAAAGGAACAAAAUGUCUAAAUUGUAUGCUCAUAAUUAUGAAAAUGCUAGACGUCUGGUGUCCAGUACAGUGGAGAGUCUAACCGGAAAGUUUUUCCCAAGUGUCUCGUUUGAUCAGCUUGGGGAAAAUUCUUAUGGUAAUGAGGUCGUAUCAAGUUUACCUCUUCAAAUGGUACUUUACUUCUCAGCUCUUUUCUUCCCAUUUUGGUUAACAUCUUCAAUGAUCAUGGUAACACUGAAGUUUCAAUAUGUGUCCAACUUAUAUCAGUUUGUCCUGGUUGCCAUAUAUGUGGCAGUUCCUCUGAUUGAGGUCAUUCGCCUGUAUAUAGGACAUAUUGGAAAUCUAGAAGAAAAGGUCCCAGAAUUGGCAGGCAGCUGGCUCCUCACUCUCCUUUUGCAACUUCCUCUCCUUGUUUUUCUACUGGUUGUUCCAGGAAUUUGGCCUCUGCCUAUGGACUAUGCUGUCAACUCCAUUUUCCUCAUAUUCAUAGUGCUGCAUCUUCUCUUUGGAUAUUAUGCAAUAAAUGCAACUGCUGCCCACCAAACUAGGCUAUAUCACAUGUACAUGGUGAUGAGGCAAAACCAAGAUGAAUGAAAGCAGCGGCUAUACUAAUAUUACUACUAGCGAGAAUUGCCGUUAUAACCGUAAUGACUAUAUUUUUUUUAGAUAUCUUAUCUGUUCUUUUUUUUUUUAAAUACAGGUUUAAUCCCUUCCAUUUUUUGUUACACAUAUUUUACUUAUAAACUACAUGGUGCUGUCAUCUGCUGUUUUCUCUUUACUCUUACUAUCUCACUUAUUAAUAAAUUCACACACCCAUAUGCAACACAUGCACACACACACACACACACAAGCACGCUCACACACAUGCAC